GGCUCGGGUUCCUGGCUUUACGUGAUCCUUCCCAUCCAGGCUUUCAGAACCGAUGGCUCAGAAACCGCUGCGCCUGGGAGGCCAGGAGAUGUGAGGAAAAGAGGACUUCAUUCAUUCAUCCGAGAGGAACGGAGACUCCAGAUGAAUACAACAUCGUGACAGGGAUAACCUUGGCUUGUGGAGAUGUUGAAGGCAAGUUUGAUGUUUUAUUCAAUAGAGUUCGAGCAAUUCAGAAGAAAAGUGGAGACUUUGAUCUGCUGUUGUGUGUAGGAAAUUUCUUUGGCUCUACCCCAGAUGCUGAAUGGGAGGAAUAUAAGACUGGCAUCAAGAAAGCUCCUAUUCAGACUUAUGUGCUUGGUGCCAAUAACCAGGAAACAGUAAAGUAUUUCGAAGAUGCUGAUGGGUGUGAAUUAGCUGAAAAUGUUACUUAUCUGGGUCGUAAAGGUAUCUUCACUGGAAGCUCGGGGCUGCAGAUUGUGUACCUCAGUGGGACGGAGUCCUUAAGUGAGCCAGUCCCCGGUUACAGUUUUAGCCCCAAGGAUGUGUCUUCCCUGAGAACAAUGCUGUGCUCAUCACCCCAGUUCAAAGGUGUUGAUAUCUUGCUCACGUCCCCGUGGCCCAAGUACGUGGGAAACUUUGGGAAUCCUUCUGGAGAAGUGGAUACCAAAAAGUGUGGCUCCUCUUUGGUCUCCAGCCUUGCCACAGGCUUGAAACCAAGAUAUCAUUUUGCUGCUUUGGAAAAGACCUAUUAUGAGAGGCUUCCGUAUCGAAAUCAUGUUGUUCUACAAGAAAAUGCACAGCAUGCUACCCGGUUCAUAGCUCUGGCAAAUGUUGGAAAUCCAGAAAAAAAGAAGUAUCUUUAUGCAUUCAGUAUUGUUCCCAUGAAACUAAUGGAUGCAGCAGAACUGGUAAAACAACCUCCAGAUGUCACUGAAAACCCCUACAGAAAAUCUGGGAAGGAAGCAGCCACAGGAAAGCAAAUCCCUGCCCCUGAGGAAGAAUCGUCCUGUCAAUUUUUCUUUGAUUUAAAUGAGAAGCAGGGAAGGAAGCGUUCAUCCACAGGCAGAGAUAGCAAAUCUCCUCACCCAAAGCAGCCUCGCAAACCUCCUCAGCCUCCAGGACCUUGCUGGUUUUGCCUUGCGAGCCCUGAAGUGGAAAAGCAUUUGGUCGUCAACAUUGGCACACAUUGCUAUCUAGCCCUGGCCAAAGGAGGCUUAGCUGAUGAUCAUGUCCUCAUCCUGCCCAUUGGACACUACCAGUCAGUGGUGGACUUAUCUGCAGAAGUGGUGGAAGAAGUGGAGAAGUAUAAGGCUACACUGAGACGGUUCUUUAAAAGUCGAGGGAAACGGUGUAUUCUGUUCGAGAGAAAUUAUAAGAGCCAUCAUCUCCAGCUACAGGUCAUUCCGGUGCCACUCAGCUGCUGUGCCACUGAUGACAUUAAAGAUGCCUUCAUUACCCAGGCACAGGAGCAGCAGAUAGAACUGCUGGAAAUCCCUGAGCACUCUGACAUCAAGCAGAUUGCACAACCAGGAGCAGCAUACUUUUAUGUUGAACUUGACACAGGGGAGAAGCUUUUCCACAGAAUUAAAAAGAAUUUUCCUUUGCAAUUUGGAAGGGAGGUGCUGGCCAGUGAAGCCAUCCUUAAUAUUCCUGACAAAUCUGACUGGAGGCAGUGUCAGGUCAGCAAGGAAGAGGAGGAGACGCUGGCUCGCCGCUUCCGGAAAGACUUUGAGCCCUUUGACUUUACUCUGGAUGACUAAGCAAAGGAAAGAACACUUUAUGAACUUCACAGGAAGUAACAGCUUGUUUUUAAACCAGUCUCCCGUGGGGACUGUUUCUCUGCCUCUUUUUUGUGCAUUCCCAUGGAACCUGCCUGUAGCAAGAGGCUGAGGAUCAAAUAUUUUGGGGGAGAAGUCAUUCUAGGAUUAAAAUACUGUUUUGAAAACAUA